UUAGUAUUUAUUUACAGCUGCAUUUUAUUCGUAUUCGUAUCGGAUUACUCAAAUAAAAAGUAAUUUCUCCUGAUUUAUAGUUCCAUCAAUUAAAAGCAUUUCAAAUUAGCAAGCUCUGUGUGAAGUGGCGGCGCCUUAUUUCGAUAUAAUUGGAUUAUUCCUGAACAAAAACGAGGAUACGCUGACAGCCAAAGGCUACACCGAACCGAGCAAUUACACCUAAACCAUCGGUGCCAUGUCGUACUUAUCGAAUUUCACUGCCGAAACCGGCAAGACAAUUCUAAUUGAUGUACUGAAGACAGUCAACCAGGCAGAGAAUGCUAAGAAAUUGUCGGAGGCCAAAGCAAACUCGGGCAAGGAAAUGAUCAAAAUGAUGCAGUUCGUGUUUCCUCUGGUGAUGCAGCUGCAGAUCGCCGUCAUCAAGGAGUACGGAUUCCCGGCUAAUCGGGAAGGGCUGGUACAGUUUGAGCAGAUUAUUCGAGAGUUUGAACGGGAGGAUGUGGACAUUGCCCGACUCCGCUCGCAGAUACGAUCUAUCUACCUACCACCGAUCAACAUACAUAGUACGAAUGAUGUGUUGAUUUGAACUUCCAGCAUUCUAAAUUUUGUAUGAGCGAAAACAAAAGCUUAUGCGUCUGCCAUAGAGUAUCUCUAAUUGUUUUAUAUGUAUUACUAUUUAGAUUUAAGCAAGACUGAAUUGACGAAAAAGCUUAUCGAUUUGUAAACCCUUAUAUGUGGUAGAUAGAAUUUACCAAAAGGUUUAUUAGGAUGAUCCUUAAAUUAUUCAUGAUACUGCCAGUGUUACAAUAGAGUAGCAAACUAAACCGCUAUAUGAAGACUACGAUUAUUCAGGAAGUUUUUAGAUCAUGAGAGAAUAAACACAAUUUCUAUCACCUAA